AUGGACUACCCUGGCGUGAAUUCGCUGGUGGCGAAGCUGCUCUGCCGGAAACGGGAACCACUAUAUGCUCCAGAGGAGGGACAUGCUACAGUGACAUCUCCGUUCCACUGUGCAGCCACCGAGAACGGCGAGGAAUAUGUGGGCUGGAGGCACAUGCCUGUGGACGACUACAUGAACAAACACCAUGUUCUGGGGAAGUGCGAUUGGGCUGAGCAGUACAUGAGACCACCGUAUAUUAAUGGAUCCGAGGACAGUGCACUCAUGCUCCAUUGGAGACGUGGUGCUCUGGACCAAGAGCACGAAUCACGUUUGGCCUGGAUAUGCCUGUUUGUUAUUGUUGAUUCAUUGACUGGGGUGAAGGUGGGCAAGGAUGAGCAAAGGGCGAGCAGGGCAGAAGAUUCGUCUAUCACGGACGGCAUGCGUUUAUGUGGGGGUCCAACAUAG